AACAUUAUUUGAAUCGGAGUAGAUCGUGACGUUACAAUCAAAAUCAGUAAAGUAGAAUCAUUUAAAAUAUUAAAAUUAUUACACCAAAAAUCAAAGAUUUGAUAAAAAAAAAUGAGCAACAAACAUGUAUAUGAUGUGACUGACCCUAGUGUCCAUGUGCUUCGCGCAUCAGCUUUUAUGCAAAAUGGCCCGGUGAAACAAGUUCGAAGCCUCGAAGAUCUCGACCGCUGGGUUCGUUCGCAAGCCUUUUAUGAUACUAUUGCAUAUAUAAGCAAUACCAGCAUGGCUAUACAGGGUCGGCGUCUAACCCGAGAGUUUCCAAUAUCAGAGCAAAUGCGCAAAUUGUGUCAAAUUUUUGAUGGCCUUGAGCAUCUUCUUGUUGAACAUUCUCCAAAGUCAGAGGAUUACGAUACUUCGAUUUCGAUCAGUCAAGUUAAAAGUCGAGCCUACCGCGUAUGGAUGCGACAUAUGUUCCAACAUGUUUUUUUUAAGCUUGAUGAGGCAAUCAAAGCAAAGUGCAAGCAUAUUAACGAACUAGGGCAAUAUCUUAGGCGCUCAUUUGGAAAUGCGACUAGCCUUGAUUUUGGUCCUGGUAAUGAGCUUAUGUUUCUUUUCUUUUUGUGUGGUCUAUUUCGGUCUGGAAUAUUAUUAGCCAAAGAUACCGUUGCAGCGGCGUUAAUGCUUUUUGGUCGCUAUAUACACCUGGUCCGUCGAUUGGUUACAACGUAUGCACUGCCUAUAGCCAAAAAUCCGAGGUCGUUUAUAGAUGAUUAUUAUGUUUUGCCUUAUUUAUGGGGAGCUGCUCAGUUAUCAUCAGAAGAAUUAUUUUCUCCGAUACAGUGCGAGCAGCCAAAGCUUAUAGAGAACUACCGCCAAGAUUACAUGAUGAUGGAACUGAUUGAACACCUUCAAAAGACACGUGGAGGCCAACUAAGCCAUGUUGCCUUUCAACUAUGGUGCAUUUUGUCAAUACCUAGUUGGUCGCAGGUUUAUCGAGGUCUCGAACGUAACUAUAUAAGUCAUGUGCUUUCUUCGUUUGAAACUGUGGAAAACGCCAUAUUUUGCGAGCUUAUGUCCUUUGAAGCUUUAAUAUCACCAAAUCAAUUGGCGCUUGCGUACUUGCGUCCAUAUUAUAAUAAUAAACACGAAAAGAGAGAAACCACAAAUGGUAAAGAAGAGGAAAUUAAAAAUCAAGUAAUUGGCUUGGAAUCGAUUUUACCCGUAAGCCGAUAUCUAAGCAUGGAGACCGACCUUUUCCUUGGCUAUCAAGAUCCUAGGAAGCGUGAUGAUCCAAAAUCCAAUGAUAGCUUGGAAAAUCGGCUUUGUAUGGUAAGGCAGAUGGUAGAUGAAAACGAUCCAAACUCCGCUCUAUUUUUUGCCGGACAAAAAAGUAUCCAAAACGAAUCGGUUAACUCGUCGGCUAAUGACCUUCCUUAAGGAAAUGCCAAGAAUUCGAAGAGAAUUAGUAUUUAUUCAUUUAUUUUUUAAUGAAUAAUUCCAUGUUUUCCUCACUUCCAUGUGUUUAUAAGGAUAUAAUUAUUGAUCUCAACUAAAUUAUGAAAUUGAUCUAAUUAGUUCGGCAAAUAUCAAUGUAACUACACGUAUGUGUGAUACAUAAUUCUGUUUUAUAUAAUAAUAAUCAUGACUUACGUAUAUGUAAAAUAAAGAGGUUGUAACUUAACAAUGCAAAAUAACGAU